AUGGCCGGGUCCAGUCGAAUGUACGUACGUGAAAAACGUCUCGGAAGCCGUCGGUCCUCUUCUCACUCCAUUUUGAGUUGGGAGUGCGCACAGGCCGGAGGAAAUCAUCAGGCGCCAAGUCAUGAGGCCGAAAGACCCACUGCCACGGCAGAAAACGUCUGGAGUCGUUUACCGGAUCUGGUGCAGUUGCGGACAAAGCAACAACGUCAGAGAAACUGGGAGAUUACUCCGGACACGAAUUGCCGAACACGCAGCAGCAAUGAGCGGGGCAACAAUGGUUAUCCCAGACAUUUCAUCCAGAGAAGCAGACUUUGGGCGCCCAGACAACGGCCAAAUGGGCAGCAACCCGAAGUCUGGAGGGCCAUUCCUUACGUUAAAGGGGUCUCUGAAGCGGUCUCGCGACUGUUACAUCCCACCAGAGUAGGCAUAGCCCAUCGACCACAAGCAACAAUUCGACGUCGCCUAAUGCAGCCUAAGGAUCCAUUGCCACCCGCUGAAACCUCAGCAGUCAUCUACAAAAUAAAUUGCAAUGAGGGCGACUGCAACUAUGUGGGCGAAACCGGGCGGAAGUUGCAAACUCGCCUACAAGAACACAAAUCGGCCACUCGGAGGUUAGACUCUAACUCUCAACUAGCAACACACGUUGCAGAAACGGGGCAUACUUUUGACCUCCAGAGGGCUACCAUCUUAGGCCGAGGCAACACAAAAACAGAACGGCUAACUCUCGAGGCGUGGUUCUCCGAUGCCCACUCUAUCAACAGGCAUCUGGACCUUCCUGCAGCUUACAAAGUCCUACGUCAUCACAAUCGUAAAGCUCAGGACCAACCAACCACAUCGGACUUAAGAAGGCCGUACGGAGACAGCCCGACGGCGAGUUUACUCGGUGAGGAAGAGGAAGAACCGCCAGACCGACCGCCCGACAGAGGCUCACUCAGCUCCCCUCGACGGAGUGGUGACUCACAAAGCACACAGGCAAAACGCCCGCCAACCAUCUCCCGAGAGGCCGAGGCAGAGAGAGGAGGAAAAAUCGAUCAGCAUGAGGCCGGCCAGCACAACUGCCACUUUAAAUUUCUGAUCGAUAAAGUGCAUUUUACGCUUUGA